AGCUGCAAGAAAAAAACAAGGUCACCGACGAUGAAGAGCAAACAAAAGAGCAAGAGAAGGACCCAAAAACACCACGCGAAGAACAUGUAGAACAAUCAGUAGUAACAAGUACAGAGAGAGAGGAGACAGAUGAGGAAAAGGAGGCCAAAGAAGAAGAGCAAAAUGUUCUUCAAAUGGCAGACAUCAACGUCAAAGAAGACCAAGCGCCAAAAUAUUCACUCACCGAAAAAACCGCAGCAGAGACGGCAGCAGCGAGAACGACUGAAAAGAUACAAGACAAAAACAACGGCAGCGGCGAUCAACUCCAAAAGACAGAACGGGAAGAUGCCCAAAAACCUCCACUCAACGAAGAACAAGCACAACAGUCAGCAGCAGCAACGAGAACAGCAGCAGAGACAACAGAAAUAGCAACGACUGAGAAGCUCCAAGACAAAAACCAUGAUAGUGACGAUGAUCACCAAAACAAAGAACAAGACGGUACCCAAGAAACAACACCCAACCAAGAACAGCUGGAACAGUCAGCAUCACCAACGACAGCUCAACAGGCACAAUGGAGAAAGGUGGCAAAGAUAGCGAUUCCGUCAACAAAGCCAUCGAAGAGCUGUACAACGCUGUAUGCAAGCCAUGGACAAAGAGAGAAAUGGAUCAGCUUUUCAUUACAACGAACAAGUUUGAUGUAAAUCUAGGACAUGUCUCCGAAAGCUUCAAGGUCGGUAAAUCAGUACGCACCAAAGCAAUAGAGCCCAUGCUAAAAAUCUUGAGAAAACAACUCAAUGGCACACGGAGAAAGAUUCUGUCGUUAAGCAACACUCACUCAAUAAGGGAAGCCGACGACGAAGAUCCAAUGUGCUACAAAAAUAAUGAUCAACAACAGAAUAGAAAAAAAAUUACUACCUGCAAGGCUUAUAUCAUUUUUCAACAUGAAAGAAGAAGAAAAACUACAAGAUUAUUACAUGUUCCUUCUACCAUGUUCGUUGAGCGGGUUUGAGAAAGACGAAACUAUAAGUCAUUACUUCACCAUCACAGUUAACAUGCAAAAACAGCGUUUUGAACUCCUCGACUCUUCAACUGCAUAUCCAGGCACAAUAGAAUUCUUCAACAAUGUAACCAGUAAAUUAAUGAAAAUCGGGAAGCACAUAAGCACAGAGCUACAACUUUCAGAAAAAAGCAUCGACCAUUACAAAAAGGUCAGACUGCAGGUGCCACUUUAAGGAGAAGACACAAUGGACUGCGCAUUCUACAUGUACAUGAACCUGAAGCACUACUCCAGUGAUGGAACAACAGCAACCUUAAAGCCAGAACAAGUACGAAAGUUGAGGAAAAAGGUUCUAUAUCAACUAAUCAGCCAACAUAGAUGGAAUACAAAACUGUCACUAAUUAAGUGUACAACAGAUAUGCUGAAAUAUGAAGUAGAUAUGGAAGACAAAGAAAUACAACAAGCAUAAUGUUGCGUACUAGAAGAGUUUCCGCCAACUACCGGGCCAAAAGAACAUAUUAUGCAUGCGGCAACCACACAAGAGCUUGAAGUUAUUGAUAUAUCCAGUAAACGCAAAGAUAUUAUGGAUGUCAGCAGCCACGUCGUCGCCCAACAAUCUUUCACAGUCCACGAACAAAAUGAUCCAUCAAUAGAACUAGAUCAACCACCACCAGAUGACAAGAUACCACAUCAUGCCGAAGAGGAAACAGACGAGCAAAAUAUCAACAGCAAUAUCACGACCACAGAGCAACUGCAACAAGCAGGCACUGAUUUAAAAGCGGGUGACAGAAGCAACGACGUACAAAAUACACAACAACAGGUUUCCGAGUAGAAGAAACAGCAUGUUCUUCUUCAAGAAGAAACAGGGUCAACAAGCAAUCAGCAAGGCACCUCCAGCACCAUCUCUUUAGACUUCCUAAAACCAAAAACAAUGGAAAAGCAGGAAGAAGUUGACGAAUUUCUUUCAAACCUUAACCCACUACAACUACAGGUGUACAACGACCAUAUAAAGAUGUGCUCUAACUUCGAUUUAAUCAAAACAUGGCUGACCGAGCAUGAAAGCUAUGAAUUCAACAAAAAUCCCAAGCCGUUUCUGACAAUCUUGCAGCAAGAGUCAGGAGAACAUUCAAUGCCUCAAUCGACAAGAAACUCUCGGUCAAGAAAAGGCCGGUAAAGCCUUCAAGAAGGCUCCUUGGAGAAAUCAAGAUUCCUACAUUUGUCCUAGGAUAUUUCAAAUUCAUGAACAAAGCCAGAGCACUACAUGAAUACCUAUUCAGCAAAGAAGGAUAGGACGAAUGCGGAGAUCUAAACGUAUAUAUUAGCUCGACGCGACCCGAUUGGAUUACAGGAAAACAAAUAAUGGAACAGCUAAAGAAAGGAGAUGGUGGACGGAUGGAGGGCUCCAUUGCAAACGCAUUGUUCGAUGAAUGGACAUCGCAGCAACAAUACAACACAACCGAUAAAACCAUACUUCCCGCAAAAUUUGCAAACGUCGUGCUCGGUGUUAAAACUGGAGAGGAAGGAGGACUAGCAGAAUUCAAUGAGGAAGAAGCAUUGAAAGAGUUUGCACCCCUUGUAACAGGCAAGGAAAUUUUAAAGAAUAAGCUGACACGGAGACGGAAAAAAAAACAUGGAAAACACACCAUAAGGACCACCAAGAACUGAUUAAAAGGAUGCACGCACUCAUGAAGAAGCAUUACGGUGAAGCGGAGCUACAAGCCAACAGCGAACCAAACUGGUCGCGGAUAGCACAAACACCUAACAGAGUUUGCGUGCGAAAACAGCAGGGUACCAAAUGCGGACACUUCAUGGCUCAAUUUGCAAAAUACUGGAAUGGCAUUGAACUCAUAAAAGAUGAUGAGGAUUUCAAUCAAAGCAACGUAGAUGCCGAGUGGAAACCAGAGUUCCUUUUUACAGCCAUAUUUGGUGAAACAAACCAACUAAAGUGGGAGCAACUACCUGGAAGAAUCAAAGAAUUCAAACCAGAAACUUCAAAGUUCUUUUCCACCAAAAAAGAUGAAACAAAAAAGGAAAAAAAGACAAAGCACCAGUCCAUAUCCAAAACAUUCUCAUUGCUUCCAACACACAAAGGAGGCGUCCGACCUCUUCCAUCUAGUCAUGAGCGACAGCUGGCAGGAGGAAUACAAAAACAAAACUAUAUUUAGACGCAUCCGCAGGGACAGUGAAAGCACGCAACUUACUGGAGCCCAGCUGAAAGCAGUAUUUGGUCCAAGACCAGCACAGACGAACAAACGACAUCAUAUGGAAAAGAGGAUCCUCGAUGACAUAACAGAAAUCUGGGAAAGCAGACAAGAAUCAAAACAGAGUGACACAGUAAUAUUAGGCCCAAACUUUGCAGAGCAUAUAUUGGAUUUGAAGAAACACACAACUAGUAUUACAAAAUUUAAAAAUGAAUUGCAAAAAACAAAGAAUCAGCUGGUUCCCAUGUAUCUCAAGGAAAAUCAACGGAAAAAGCUCUCAACAGCAAACAUGAUAUUCAUUUCAAUGGAGAAGCAUGACCGCUAUGUACUAUAUGUGCUGGACAAAUACAAACACAAAGUUCACAUUAUUGAUCCUGGAGAAACAACUCACGAGGAAUUUGAGAAAGAAAAGAUAGACAUCGACAAAUUGACACUAGAAGAAGCAAGUCGAGUACUUCAAAAAAAUGAAGAUGCCAGAAAAGAAAGAGAAAGACAGUUUCAGGAAUAUCAUGUUCAUAAGACGGCAAUCAUACCUAGGUUUAAAGAAGUCUUCAACAUCAUACUAAGACAAACAAUGAAUGCCAAGGGUACAAGAUGGCAGACUCAUACCAUGCAAGAUGUUCCAGUGGUAGAAAAGGGAGAAUCAACAUUUGUUGUUUUAAAGCUUGCAUUCCUCUACAAUGGUGAAAAGUUUGUCGAAGACCUGGAAGAUUUGUCUGAUGAGGUCGAUGACUGGAGGGCAGAGGCAAUGUACAUUCUCUUAAAUAGCGAGAUGAAUCAAGUCAAAGAUAGUGAAAUGGGUGACGAGAUUAGCAAGAUCUUAAGGAAAAAUGAAGACUAAAACUUUUGAUUUAGUCCGCGAAGCUAAUCUAUCUAGA